AUUUGGAGCUUUGUUUGCGCCUGCGGAAUCGCAGGUAAUUUAGAUUCCGCGAGGUUUGGCGUUUGUUUGCUGCGAAAAAGCAGAGGAAAGUGAAUGCGUUUGGAAUCUUGUUUCUGUUACAUUCACGUUCCCGUUGGCUUCUUCCAAACUGCCAAAAUGAUUCUUAAUUACAAAUGACUGUACCUUGACUUGUCAUUCUUGAGAUGAAGAGCCUUGUAUCAAUCCCUGCUUGAGCAAAAGUUUUCUACGGGGGCAGCGUAGAUAUGGCGAAGAGUCGCUUGAGGGAUUCAAUAAUGUCCUUGGGGAGGACUAAGUCUGACAUAAAUUUAUCAUCAAAAAAGCCUCAACCUUUGCAAAAUCAUUGGAGGCCAUGGAACAACUCCAUAGAAACUAAAAAACUGCAAUAUAAAGCUCUACAACCAGCAGGUGGAAAUUUAUGGUAUGCGCCCCCAGAAUCUGCUAGUAAUAUGCUGCUGGUUCCCAGACAGUAUUUUGACGACUACUUGGCAAAUAUUAUGAAGCUUAUAAAGAAGAAGGAAAGUGAAAAAGAUGGGAAGUCAACUAAAGACUUGGAACUUGUUGAACUCACAGAUAACUUCAUUACGCAGUGCCAGACACUCUAUCCACGAACUGAUAACCUUGUAGAAGAAUCUAGAGAAAAUGUUUAUUGCAAAGAAGACGAGGGCUUUCCUUCUACCCCCAGCUUCGACUCAGAAUCGAAUUACUCCAUGGAUGGAGCAAGUCCUGGAAGCAGUCCAAGACAUGAUCUUGUUCAUCAGAGGGUGGUCAGAAAUGGCUUCAAGCACAAACUUGAACGUUCAAACUCAGAAUCCAUUUUCCAGAGGAAGAGAUCGAACUCUAUCAGCGAGGGAAAGGAAGAUUUCUAUUCAAAAUUCAUGGCAUAUGACAGCAGAAUACAAGAGUAUGAGAAGAUCAUUCAAGAGUUCAGGAUAGAAGCUCAGCAAACAGAGAGCUCGAACCAGGAACUCGUUAGUGAAUGUGCCCAACUAAAGGAGAAAUUAAUGGAGAGGGAGAAGGAAUUGUUUUCUCUCAGGAAAGCUCAUCAAGCUGGUGCAAGUGGAGAACCAAUUGAGAUAAAGGAAUUGGAAAGACAAGUGAAGGAACUGGAGCUGGAAGUUGGGUCUCUUCACAGCCAGAAAAGUGAACUAGAAGAGAAGAUGAGAAACAAAACCGACGAGGCUAAUCAGUUGAGAAUCGAAAAAGAAGGGAUACAUAGUAGAAUCUAUCAGUUGGAGAGAUCAGUAAUGGAGAGCGGUGAUGAGUUGUGCAAGAAAUUCGAAGAUAGCAUGCGUAUCUUGAGCCGGAGGAUUCAGGUGGCAGAGCAGUUACAUUUGGAGAACAGCGACGUGUACAGGAAGACGAAAGAGAAGUGCGAGCAAGAGUUCAGAAGCCUCAGGGGAAGAGUUGCAACUGCCGAAGUUGCAGAAGCUGCUGCCAGGAGAAUGAAGGACAUGUCGCUGAUUGCAGGCGACAUGUUGAAUGGCCUAGAAACAGUGGCCCUGAAAUUGGAGGCAUGCAGUGGGGACUUCCAUAAUCGAAUCUCCAAGGCUUCUUGCGAAGUCUUGUUCGCCAAGGACUGGAUCAGUAGGAGAAGUGAGUCGAUAAAGCACGUGCACGAAGAGGCUGAAUGGCUGCUUCUGCAGCUGGAUGCCAAGGAAUCGGAGACACUGGAACUCAGGGAGAAGGCCUGGAAGCUAGAGAACAAGGUGAGAGAACUGGAGAAGGCUGUGGAAGAGAAAGAGGAAGGAAUGCUGGCUAUGGCUGAGGAGAAGAGGGAGGCCAUCAGGCAGUUAUGCGUGUGGAUCGAUCAUCACCGCACUCGCUGCAAUCAUCUCAAGAACCUUCUCAACUCUCUGAGAUGAAUAAUGCUUCUAGAAGCCAAGCCAUAGCACAGCUCAGGAACAUUCCAUUCCAUUCUUAAGAUUUUGCUUCAGACUCAUGGAAGAACCUUGCCCUGCCCAUCAAACAGCUCACACUUCAGCCAUUAGAUGCAGGUGAGAAUUCUCAUUUUCCCCUCAUUUUUACCCCUCCAGAUUGUACAGAAACUAACACUAACUAACAGCAUCUUUUGUUGUAUAUUCACCAUAACUUGUAUAAUUUGCCGUCUUUUCAAAGAUUCUCUUUUUGGAACU